CUCUUCUCCGCCUGGGCUCCACCCCGGAGUUUGGCAUGCCAGGCGGAGCAGGGUGGGUGACCCAGCAGCUGCAGGAACUAAUAAUACCUGCCCUCGGGCCACCCAGAUCGGCGAGGCCGCCCUUCCAGGGAAGCCAGCCGGGGUCACGGAGCUACUGCCCCUUUUGUUAGCAGCUAAAGAAAAAAGGGCGAUGCUGGCCAGGAUGGAACAGGAUGCAAGCAGCCGCGUGGAUGCCAGCCAUUGUUUGGGCAAGGAGAAAGAGUGCUGGUGAUGGCCAGUGUCUGCCCUUCCCUCCCCUUUAAAAAAUAACUGUUCUUUGCCACUCGUUUCCAAAGCGACCAUUAAAGAUGGGUUUAAUGAUGCCUUUCCGGGAAAGAACAAUUUUACAAACCAUGGGAAAUGAAGAUGAUGUGAUUCAGAGUAAUGAACCAGAAGUAAAUUCUGCUGCUUCCACAAUCAAGACAACAGAGGAGGGGACGGUCAUGGAUCUCAAAGGUAUAGACGGAAAUGAGCCAAUGGAAGAAAGUGCCCUACUGAAAAGUAAUGAGCCAUCACCAGAAUCAUCACCAGAAUCGAGUAGGGGGAAACUGAGGCAAAUAUUUGCCUGUCCCCCAAGAGGCAUCUUUGGUCAAAUAAUAACAAAUGUCACCAUGGUGGUUCUUGUAUGGGCCGUGGUUUGGUCAGUUACUGGCAAUGAAUGUCUCCCUGGUGGAAACCUAUUUGGAAUAUUAGUCCUGUUUUUUUGUGCUGUCACUGGGGGUAAACUUCUGGGAUUUGUCAAGCUACCUACAUUGCCUCCACUACCUCCUCUUCUUGGCAUGCUGCUUGCUGGGUUUCUCCUUAGAAAUAUUCCUGUCAUCAGUGACAAAAUCCAGAUAAAGCACAUAUGGUCUGCAUCUCUCAGAAACAUAGCCCUUUCUAUUAUUUUGGUUCGCGCUGGGCUUGGACUUGAUUCAAAGGCCCUGAGGAAGCUGAAGGCUGUGUGCCUCCGAUUAUCCAUGGGCCCCUGCCUUGUUGAGGCAUGUUCAUCUGCUGUUCUUGCCCACUUCUUAAUGCAUUUACCUUGGCAAUGGGGAUUUAUCUUAGGUUUUGUUCUAGGUGCUGUCUCCCCAGCUGUUGUGGUGCCCUCAAUGCUUAUUUUGCAAGGAGGUGGAUAUGGUGUUGAAAAAGGUGUCCCGACUUUGCUUAUGGCUGCUGGUAGCUUUGAUGACAUUCUAGCCAUCACUGGCUUCAAUACAUGUUUAGGCAUGGCUUUCUCUACAGGUUCCACAAUUUAUAAUGUUCUCAGAGGAUUGCUGGAGGUGAUAGUUGGUGUGGCAGCUGGAUCUCUUCUUGGAUUUUUUAUUCAGUACUUUCCAAGUUGGGAUCAGGGAAAAUUGAAGUGGAAGAGAGCUUAUCUCCUUUUGGGUCUGGCUGUGUUUGCCCUCUUCAGUAGCACGUUUUUUGGUUUUCCAGGAUCAGGAGGACUGUGUACACUGGUUAUGGCUUUUCUUGCUGGCAUAGGAUGGUCUAGUGAAAAGGCAGAUGUGGAAAAGAUCAUUGCGAUUUCAUGGGACAUUUUCCAACCUCUUCUUUUUGGAUUGAUUGGAGCAGAAGUAUCUAUUACAUCCCUUAGACCAGAAACCGUUGGGCUAUGUGUGGCCACCUUGGGCAUUGCUGUGUUGAUAAGGAUUGUUACCACAUUCUUAAUGGUGUCCUUUGCUGGUUUUAACAUAAAGGAAAAAAUAUUCAUUUCUUUUGCCUGGCUUCCUAAAGCCACAGUCCAGGCUGCCAUAGGAUCUGUGGCUUUGGACACCGCAAGAACGCAUGGGGAUGAACAACUGGAAAAGUAUGGAAUGGACGUGCUAACAGUUGCAUUCUUGUCAAUUCUGAUCACAGCUCCAAUCGGAAGCCUGCUCAUUGGUCUCCUGGGUCCCAGGCUGCUGCAGAAAGCUGACCAGAAUCAAAAUAAAGAUGGAGAGAGAAGAGAAUCACAUGUGCAAAUAUAGAGGUGAAAGGAGAGGACUCUGGGAGUAACAAUUUUUAAAACUGUCACUAUCACUUGUUGCUGUUAUCAGAAUUUUUCUGUCUAGAUGGGUGUUGAAUAGCAGAAUCUUAGAAUGCCCACUACACUGUGCCAUCCAAUGUCAUGAAACCUUCUCUUGAAGCCCUCCAUGGAAGGGGGCAGCCCAUGCCACUUCUACAUCCCUCUGUUGGUAAAAAAAGUUUUUCUUCUCACAUCAAGCCUAAAUUUGCCUCUUUACAAAACUCCCACCCAUUGUACUAAGUUAGAGGUGCAAUAGGACCAAUGACUUGGGUCAUUUAUUUAGUUUUCUUUUAAAAUAAAUGUUUUAGUCUUUGCCAAUUUGA